AUGGCUAGAAUCCUCCGCGCUCUUAUAUACACCGUCGCCCUCGUCAUCCUAAACCAGAAGUCCCAAAAUAGCUGCGGCAGAGACCUCUUCGACGACGGCGACGGCGACGACACGUUUGAAUAUCUCGCAGGUGGCGUUGCCAUCGUCGCCGCCGGCGCAUCCUCCCUUGCGUCUCCGCAUCCCAAGUCCAACGCUCUCAAGUUAGCCCAAGUCGGUAUCGCCAUCCUGACGGUUUCCUGGCUGUUCUUGAGCGGCUGGGCUUUCGCCUCGCUUCUGCCGUCACAGCGUGAAAGGAACACUGUUACGUAUGAUACGGGGACUACGCUCCUACGCUCGGUACUGGCCGCCCUUUUCUUCCUUGGCAUCCGCGUCAUCUACUCUCUCAUCGCUAUGGCCACACAGUCCCCAACACUCAACCCGGUCACGGGAAACUUGGCUGUGCAGGUGGUGCUCAGUUUUGUUCCCGAAUUGUUGUGUGUCCUUGGUUUCAUCGUCGCUGGGAUACUGACGCAGAACAUCCGCCGACUUCGCAACGCCCAAGGUGCAGAAAAACGUUGUGAAACGUCGAGAAGUGAGUAUUUGUGA